AUGGAUCCUGACGCCGAGGAGCAGCGCAAGCUGUUGAACGAUGCAUCGCGUGUUGUGGAGGCGCAGGCAUACCAGAUGAAGCUGGCGCUGGACAACAACAAGCUGAUGGACGCACUGAAGCACUGCUCGGACAUGCUGUGCGAGCUGCGGACGUCGCUCCUUUCGCCGACCUCGUACUACUCGCUGUUUAUCCAGGUCAUGGACGAGAUGCGGCACAUGGAGUCGCACCUGCUGGACAUGCACCGGCAGGAGGAGAAGGUGUCUGACCUGUACGAGCUUGUGCAGUACACGGGCAACAUUGUGCCGCGGCUGUACCUGCUCAUCACGGUGGGUGCUGUGUUUAUCAAGACGUUUGAGGCGCCUGCGGCGGACAUUCUCCGCGACCUGGUGGAGAUGUGCAAGGGUGUGCAGCACCCGACGCGCGGGCUCUUUCUGCGGCACUACCUCUCGUCGCUGACCAAGGACAAACUUCCGGACGUGGGCAAUGAGUACGAGGGAACGGUCGAGUCGUCAAUUAACUUUACCAUCCAGAACUUUACCGAGAUGAACAAGCUCUGGGUGCGGCUCGGGUACCAGGGCGCGCUGGGCUCGCGUGAGAUGCGCAACAAGUACCGCGCGCAGCUGCGGCAGCUCAUCUACUCGAACAUGGAGCGGUUGGGCAACCUGGAGGGCGUGACACAGGACGUGUACAUUGAGAACGUGCUGCCGCGGGUGCUGGAGCAGGUUGUCUCGUGCCGCGACAAGCUCGCGCAGGAGUCUCUCACCGAGGCGGUCAUCCAGUCGUUCCCGGGCUCGUACCAUAUUGCGACGCUCUCGCGGUUCCUGGAGGCGAUUGGCGAGCUUGUGCCCGAGGUGGACGUCAAGUCGCUUAUUGUCUCGCUCAUCGACCGGCUCGCGGGCUUUGCAGCGUCGGACGAGGGCUCGCUGCCCAAGGACCUGGACGUGUUUGGCAUUUUCUCGUCGGAGAUUGCGUCGAUCAUGGAGUCGCGUGAGGGCAUGCCACUUGAGGACGUGCUCUCGCUGCAGGUCUCGCUCCUCAACCUCACGCUGCAGUGCUACCCGGAGCGGACGGAGAAUGUCGACGCGGUGCUCGGCUACUGCGGGCAGGUGCUGGCUGCGUCGGGAGUGGAUCGGUCGAGCGUGACGCCGGCCAUCACGAAGGAGGUGGCGAAGCUCCUACACAUUCCAGUCGAUACGUACGGCGACAUGCGGACAGUGCUGGACCUUGCCAACUACAAGGACCUCAUCCAGUAUCUUGGACACGCAGAGCGGUCGGUGACUGCGCAGUACAUUGCGAGUGCGGUGCUGAAGGGCCACACGCCGCUGGCGACGGUGGAGCAUGCGCAGGACUUGCUGCACAUGAUUGCGUGCCUGCUGACGGACGAGGACGACGCGCCGGACGCGAGCGAGGUCGACGCCGAGGACUUUGCCGAGGAGCAGACGCUUGUGGCGCGGCUCAUCCACCUCAUCACCUCGCCGGUGGCAGACGUCCAGUUCCAGCUGUACGUGGUCUCGCGACAGGCGUUUGGCAAGGGCGGCCCGUCGCGGAUCAAGUACACGCUCCCGCCGCUCGCCUUUGGGGCGCUCCGGCUGACGCAGCGGUACAAGGCCGCGGGGCUCGCAGGCGACGACGAGAUGUGGGAGAAGAAAGUGCUCAAGGUCUUCAAGUUUGUGCACCAGACUAUCACGGCUCUCGCGUCGGAGGAGCCGGAGCUCGGGCUUCGGCUGUUUCUGGCUGCUGCGGCGACGGCGGACACAUGCGGGCUCGAGGCCAUUGCGUACGAGUUUGUUUCGCGGGCAUUCACCAUUUACGAGGAGGAUAUCAACGACAACAAGGCGCAGCAGGCGGCAAUGGCGCUCAUUGUGGGUGGGCUCCAGGCCAUGGGCCGCCGCUCGCUCGACGAGGACUCGUACGAGACUGCCGCGGCCAAGGCGACGGCGCACUCGUCGCGGCUGAUGCUGGUGAGCGAUCAGGCACAUGGCGUCUGCCGCGCCUCGCACCUGUUCUGGACCAACGGCCCCGACGAGGACUCGGCCGUCGCCACUCUGGAGCUUACGCCGGUCCGCGACGGCGAGCGCGUUCUGCAGUGCCUCAAGAAGUCGCUCAAGAUCGCCGCCAAGUGCAUGGACGCAGUUGAGCAAGUUGGGCUCUACGUCGACAUUCUCGAGGAGUGCCUGCUGUAUGUCGACUCUGGCAACGAGGCCGUGACCGCCAAGUACGUCAACGGCCUUGUGCAACUCAUUCGCUCCAACCUCGGCAACCUCGAGUCGCCGACCCUGCCGUUGUGCCGAUCCGGACCCACCGACGAUGACGACGGCGUGUGGGCGGCGAUCGAGCUGUAG